GGUCGACCAAGUCCAAUCUCAUUUAGAUACACACAUACUUGCGUGUUUCUUCUCCAUUGCUCCUUGUCUCUCUCUCUCCUUAUCUCUCUUCUCACGUAAUCAACUUCUCUCUUCGUGUUUUCUCAGCCGGUUAAAAAUGGUUGACCAGAAGAAAUUCGCUCUGUUUCUAGCAACUCCUGAUUCAGAGUUCGUUAAGAAAGCGUACGGAGGGUACCACAACGUGUUCGUGGAGACGUUCGGAGACGAGGGAGAGCAUUGGGACUCGUUUAGAGUCGUGGAAGGCGAGUUCCCCGACGAGAAAGAUCUUGAGAAGUACGACGGUUUUGUUAUAAGCGGAAGCUCUCAUGAUUCCUUCCAGAAUGAUCCUUGGAUCCUUAAGCUAUGUGAGAUUGUCAAGAAACUUGAUGAGAUGAAGAAGAAGGUUCUUGGCAUCUGCUUUGGUCACCAGAUCAUAGCUAGAGUUAGAGGAGGAACAGUUGGGAGAGCAAGGAAGGGACCAGAGCUUAAACUUGGAAAGAUAACCAUCGUGAAGGAUGCAAUCACACCAGGAAGUUACUUCGGAGACGAGAUUCCAGACAGCAUAGACAUCAUAAAACUACACCAGGACGAAGUGUUGGUGUUGCCGGAAGGUGCCAAAGUACUAGCUUAUUCAGACAAGUACGAGGUGGAGAUGUUCUCCAUUGAAGAUCAUUUAUUCUGUAUUCAAGGACAUCCAGAAUAUAACAAAGAGAUUCUGUUUGAGAUUGUAGAUCGUGUUCUUCGUCUUGGCUACAUCAAGCAAGAAAUGGCUGAUGCGGCAAAGGCCUCGAUGGAGGGUAAGGGAGCUGACAGGAAACUUUUGGAGACGAUUUGCAAGAACUUCCUCAAAGGCAGAGUUCCAGCUAACUAGUUGUUUCACUACCAAGUUAUCUAUUUGCCUCUUAUUAUAUUGGAACAUUUAUGGAUUUAUGAUCUUGCUUAUUCAUAUUCUAUGUAUAACCUAUUAAUCUCAAUCGUGACAUAUUUAUCUAUGUUUUCA